GCGAUGCCGUAUGAUUUGGAACGAGUAGGUACGUUGAUAUCACAGCACGAUACCGAAAAACUUAUAAAGCGUAUCCAUUCUUUUGUAAAGGUACGAUCAAAUGCGUCAUAUUUUCCGGGUUGGCAUGCGGUCACGCUUCUGAGGAGGCAUAUUGUAGAUCUAAUAAAUCGCGAUUAUUUCGCAUGUGAGAAGAGUGAUGGUACCAGGGCACUUCUAUAUGUGAUUAGUGAGCGUGGCAAGUCGUACUUCUUCUUCAUUGACCGGAAACUGUGCUGCUAUAGAGCAUCAGAAAAUGAGUCGAUUUUUCUUGAUGGUGAUUAUCUCCUGGAUGGAGAAGUUGUGAUCACAGAUGAUGAUGAAAUUGAGUACAGCGUGUUUGACACGAUUAUUUUUCAGAAUAACAGUGUGAUGCAUCUGAACCUGCUGGAAAGACUGCGUCUUGCCGACAAGUUCAUCAGGCACCAGCUGUGCCAUCUAUUCAAUUUCAAAAUACUAGUCAAGAAAAUGUACAAGGCAUAUGGUUUUGCAGAGGCAUAUGAGUCUCGCUUUUCACUUGGACAUGGGAAUGACGGCCUGAUAUUUACAUGUGUUGACGAGCCGUACGUCUUUGGCACGUGCAAUACUUUGUACAAAUGGAAGCCUCCAUCAUUGAACACAAUCGACUUUCAGAUGCGAAGUGAGGCGGAAGAAGUGUAUUCGUUGUGGUGCAUGGGAAGAGGAGGAGGAAUGGUGAUGAUAGGGUACUUUUUUGACUUUGAAAUCGAUGAUGAUUGUAGCAGUGCGGGCAAAGAUGAUGAAGAGAACAAUCGCGUGGCUGAGAAAAGCGAUCCUGUUCUGUCCGACAAGGGAGGUGCCUCCGAUGUGGUUAAGGAUAGCGACAAUACGCGGGAAGAAGAAAAACAUGCUGAACAAGUAAAUGAAGACAAUGACCAAGACGAACAGCAUAAAAGAUUAAAAAUCGACAAGCCAGGUUCGGUUGAGGAUCGUUCUGGUGGUAGUAUGCAACCUGGUAGAUACCACAAGAAAAUAGGAGAAUUUCACUUCAAUGACAAAAAGAAAUCCAUAUGCAUGGAUGACUACUCCAUUAUAGAGGGCAAGUGGGAACUCAUCAAAAUUAGAGAGGACAAGAACACGCCUAACAGCCUUAAAGUAGUGUCAAAUAUUUUCCUAUCGAUGCGGGAAAACAUAACAUAUGAGGACAUUGUGGAGCAUUUCGAGGAGAUAAGGGGGAAUUGGAAAAUAAGAGAAUCUGCUAAAGCGCGGAAUGAGCGUAGAUAAAUCUUCGAACUAAUAGUUGAUAGUUUUAUUUAUCUUAACUCGCAAUGUUUUCUUUAGCUCGUUAUUCCUUCUUUAGCUCACAAUGUUUUCUUUAAUACGGCACCUUUCAAACGAACACUACCGCU